AUGGCAUCCAACAAUCCGCACCCUACCUUCUCAACUCAGGCCAUUCCGCCCGUCGACCAGUACAUCUUCGUCCAAGACGGAACCACCCCACUCCCAGCAUCCACCGCUCAAGACCACAUGCGCCAAGGACGGUACAUCUACGACCGUUUCGGCCAUCCCAUCGAGCCAACCACAUGGGCGCCGAAUGCACCUUUUGCACUGCAGGCGGCUACGGACCGGAACCAUCCAACCUAUAAUGCAACUAUUCAUCCUACUGAUGUUGGAGGAGCUUUCGUUACCCAGGUAGCUUGGAUCGAGGAUGUCGAGCGCCACAACAUCCGCGCCCAGACCUUUACGGGCUCGACAAAGUACCAAGGACGCCGGGGCAAGGGAAAGGGAAAGGGAGAGGCGAAGCAGACACCUGAGUACGACAAUAGCAGGCAAGGCAGGGUGACCGACUGGCAGCUCCUGUACGAGCAAGCCAUCACCAGCACCUCCCCUCUCGACACCUCAGCGGCAUAUGGCUCUGCGCAACCGCUCCAUCAAGCCCAGUACCAUGGCUACGGCAUCCGUCAACAGCUCGACGCUGAACACGCCGCCAUCGGAGAGCCGGGCCCAACAUACUAUACCGCUCCCCAUGCACACCAGUCAGGCCCCGUCGCCACUGCAUUCACGGAACAUGGGACGCGUCAAUACCCGGUAGCUAGGCCUCCGCCGAUCUACAUCAUUCCUCCUUCCGCGGUCUCGACUCGGCCCCAGUCCAGCCACCAGCCGCAGGAGCCAAGCCCACGGCUGCGACUAUCUUCCAGCCAUCCGUCCAUGCGGCGCUGA